AUGGCAUCUGUCUGUAAAGCACUUAUUGGCCUUCACAGAUGUUUCAUUCUUCAACAACCCUUUAAAUGCUUAACAGUAAAAUCCAUAACAACUCGCCCUCUCUGGCGGUCUUACAGUGUGGCAUCAGAUGACGAUGAUCCCAAAACAACCUUAAACCCAGAGAACGAGUCCUUGCUGGAGAACUUGAAUCUGAUGGGGGUGGAUGUGAAAAUGGCGCGCAAGCGUCAGCCCGGCGUCCUCCGUCGCCUCUUCACCAACGAAGAGGCCGUGGCUCUGUUCCUUAAGCGCAAAGGUGCUAGCAGCCAGACAGUGGCCAGCAUCAUAUCACGUUACCCGCGUGCCAUCACCCGUUCCCUGGAGCAUCUGGAGCAGCGCUGGCAACUGUGGAGGAAUAUCUUCCAGAACGAUCUAGCGAUUGUGGCAAUCCUGGACCGCUCGCCCGAGUCCUUCUUUCGCUCCAGUGACAACAGAAACUUAGAAAAGAACAUAGACUUUCUGUCUUCUUUGGGGCUCAGUAACAAAGACCUCCACCGAAUGUUCGCCACUGCCCCGCGCACUUUCUCCAACAGCUUAGAGCUCAACAGGCAGAUGGUGGACUUUCUCGAGGAUGUCUGCUAUGAGCUUGGUGGGACUGAUCCUGAGAGGUUUGCCAAAACGAUCAUCUCAAGAAACCUUUACAUUCUCAUCCGGAGCACUAAGAGAGUCAAGGCCAACGUAGAUUUCCUGAAGGUGUCUCUGAAACUGAGCGACGCUGAGCUUCUGGAGUUGCUUCAAGGGAGCGGUGCAAAAAUCCUGGACCUGUCCAACGAAUAUAUAAAAAAGAAUAUGGCCAGCCUUCAAGGGAGGCUUCUGAUGCUGGGCUGUGGCGAAGAGGAUGUCAGAAAGCUGAUCACCGCUUCUCCAAUGGUUCUGUACAUCGGGGCAACGACGCUGAGAACUAAACUAGACUGCCUCCUAAAAGGAGGAAUAACGGCAAAGCAAAUACUGGAGAAGCCCAAGGUGUUGGACACCAGCACGCAGAGUGUCAAUGCUAGAUUAGAGGAGCUUCAACAGAUUGGCUAUGACUUUGAGUCAAAUGGCAUCGGCAUUUUAGGAUUGAGUCAGAAGAGAUUUGCAGCUAAAAAAGAGAAACUUUUACCUUCCAAAAAUAAAUAA